AUGUCUGCUUUUGAUCUGAUGAACCAGAGCACGCAGGUUACAGAGCUUGAGAUAGACUGUAUCGCUCCCUGGAUGAAACUGAGGGAUGAACAUUUUGUCUUUGCUGAUGGUAAAAGGAUGAACGAGAUCUACUGCCAGUCACCCUCUGCUUCCCACCGGAAAAUCUUUACCAAGAAGGUACAGAAUGAGUGGAGCAUCUGGGAGGAGAACAGAGCUCUCUGGGAGGAAAACCAAGUCCUUCAGACUGAGAACAAGAUGCUCCGGGAAGAAAACAAGGCUCUACAAUGCCUCCAGUCACAGAACAGAGCUAUCCAGGUUAUUUACCCUGAUGCCAUUCAGCAAAACCUGAAUUUCCAGAAGGAAAAUAAGCUGUUCCCAUUUUUCCGAGAGAGAAACAUAGGCCUUCAGGUUAGCCCAGGCAACAAAGAUCAUCAUGUGGUCCGGGAAAAGAAAAUAAUCUUAGAGGAUUCUGAGCAGAGGGAUAAAACAGUCCCCAUCAUCUCUGAAGAUGAACAAGACAUCACAGUCCAUGAAGAGAGCAAAGAUUCCAGCUCAGAUCUUCAGGAAGACACUGAUGCCAUCACAGCUGUGGAAGAAGGUAACCCUGGCCCAGCCCCUCAGGAGGAACAUGAAGCUAAAGACAGGAGCACCACUUCAACCCAGAAUAAGAUCAGGUUUGCCCCAAGCAUGCAGAACGAGUAUGAAAUCCUCCAGGCUCUCCAGUAUUUCUAUAAACUCCUCCACAUCUUCCUGAAAGUGAACUAUCUCCUUGGGGAGAAACAGGGCUGUCAGAUUCUCUAUGAUGUGAACAGACCCUUGCAAGAAGAUUAUGAUAAACUGAAGCUGCAGCUGAAUGCUGUGAAGAACACAGUGUCAGACAUUGUAGCUCAAAUGGAAAUGUUGGAAAAUGAGCUCAUUGCCAUCACUUCCACCUUGUAA